AUGGCGGAUAGCUCGGGCAAGGGUAUUCUGCUGAAAAGCGACCAGAUCGCCAACGUUCACCGCGACGAGAUUCAGACUAUCCUCAAAACACGCUCCAGUUCGCCGAAGCUUGUCGGGAUUCUUUCGACGUCUGCAGCACCCAGCCGAUUCUACGCCGAGUUCACCCAGAAGCAAUGCAAUGCGCUUGGAAUCAUCUUUGAGUUACGGAAAACGGGAGCAGCGCUGGGUCUCGAAGAAGGUGCUGGAGAGGGAGAUGGCGUCGAGGAAGCGAUCAUCGAAGCGAACGAUGAUCCCACCGUCGAUGGUAUCAUGGUAUAUUAUCCUGUAUUCGGCGUUCAGCAGGACCACUACCUUCAGCAAAUUGUAUCGCCUCUGAAAGACGUAGAGGGUUUGAAUUUCAAGUUCCAUUACAACCUUUAUCACAACAUCCGCUUCAUACGACCGAGCUCCCUAACUUCGGCUCUUCCUCCCGCGGAUGCUCCUCAUAAUGCAAAGGAUGACAAUCCACCCCCUGGGACGGUCAAAUCCAUUCUCCCUUGCACGCCACUGGCCGUUGUGAAAUGUCUUGAAAGCACGGGGGUAUAUAACAAAAUACUGCCUUACGGUGACAGGGCGUAUGGCAAGACUGUGACUGUUAUCAACCGAUCUGAAGUGGUCGGUCGUCCCCUUGCGGCUUUACUAGCAAACGAUGGCGCUCGUGUAUUCUCUGUCGAUAUAGAUUCUAUACAGGAGUACACCAAGCGACCGAAGUCAAGCGGUCCUGAACCGAGCCGGUAUCAUCCGCGGCACGUCGUGCACCCCUGUCCAAUGAAACUCGAACAAUGUCUAGCGCUAUCGGACGUCGUGGUUUCCGCAGUACCUAACCCUGAUUACAAAGUACAGACAGAAUGGCUCAAGGAUGGCUGCAUCUGCGUUAACGUAGCAGCAGACAAGAAUUUUGAAAAAGAUGUCCGAGACAAGGCUUCCAUAUACCUGCCAACGAUCGGCAAAGUGACGAUCAUGAUGCUUUUGCGAAACUUGUUACGACUGCAACAAUAUCAGGAAUCUAUGCAAACACUUCAGACGACGUCAUGA